ACCAGACUUUUUCUGUCAAAUAAUCGCGGUGUUGUGUCCUAUUUCAAUAAUUUGGAUUUUCUAUCAUAAUAUUGUUUCUUUGAAUAAAAUUAGAACCGGAAUCACUAUAUUACAAUCAAAGAAAGUUUUUUCUUAAAUUUCAACUAAAAAUGGCUAAGUUACUUUGUUGUCUUAUUUUGAUAAGCUUAUCUGGUAACUUAGCGAAAAAAUUUCAAGAUGACGAUAAACCAUCAUGGGCAAAAAAAGAUAUUCGAGAUUUCAAUGACGCAGACAUGGAACGUCUUUUCGACCAGUGGGAAGAAGAUGAAGAACCGCUUCCAGAAGACGAGUUACCUGAACAUCUCCGCAAACCGCCUUCGAUUGAUCUUACUAAAAUGGAUAUGAGUAAUCCUGAAUCGGUCCUUCAAGCAACAAAGAAAGGGCAGACUGUAAUGAUGUUUGUUUCAGUUGCUAAUAAACCUUCAAAAGCAAGAACAGAAGAACUUACGAAAAUCUGGCAAACAAGUCUUUGGAGCAAUCAUAUUCAAGCUGAAAGAUAUCUUAUUGAUGAUGACAGAGCUAUAUUUAUGUUCAAAGAUGGGUCACAGGCGUGGACUGCAAAAGAAUACCUUUUAGAGCAAGAUGAACUCAAAGAAGUCCAAUUGGAAAGUCAGACAUAUCCUGGGAAAAAUCCCGAUGUGAGAAAUAAAGCUGUAAGAGAUGAAUUGUAAUAUUCAUAAUGGAGACAAAGUGUCUUAUUAUUAAUCUUAAGGCCUGUCCCAUCAAAUUGUAAAUUGUCUGAUAACAAUCCAACAUGUAAAAUAUGUGAUGUAAAUAACGGGUUUUGUUCCCUUAUUUGACAGUAACAUCAUAUUUAAGCUAUCUGAGCCUCUAUCAGCCAGUGGUGGGACACACCCUUAUACUUCUUAGAACUUAUAUACUAAGUCACAUGUCAUUUAUGUAUUUUGCAUAUUAAACAAGUUUUAAAACUGGUUUAAUAUAUAAUUGAUAAAAACUGUAUAACUUUAAAAUAUCAGUCUAGUUUAAAAGGUGUCCGUGUGAUAACCUUUAUAUGCAUAAGUAAUUGUAAACUUAUCUUCACAUUGCAUUUAAAUCAUACAUUUUUUUAAUUUGUAAGGUUUUUUAAUAAGUCAAUUUUAAUGGGAAAGGGCUUUUAGAUAAUUAUAAUGUGUAUAUUUUUUUAUGAUGUCUAAUUUUGACUUUGAGAUCUGUUAAUUUAUUGAUGUUAACUUAAGAACCUAAUUAUAAAUUAUAAUCAUCAAUCAGGUUUAUGUAUUAAGUUAUUUCAUAAGUUCAAGUUCAAUGAUCAUGGGAUAUUUGUACACAAUUUAUAUCCUUCCUAAUAUAAAUCUACAAUAUUUUACUUUUGUAUUGCUUUUAUACCACAUUUUCAUCUGAAUAAAAGAUAAAUAAAGAAUACAGCAAA